CGGGCUCCAGCUUAUAAACCGGCCGGUCCAGGAGAGCUCGCGGGAAUCCACCUGCGAAAGCGAGCACACGCAACGCAAGCAAGCGCGUCAGUGCCCGGUGAUUCCGUCGAUCGAGCUAGAGCUAGCUAGGCGAAGCCGCGAAGGCGGCAAUGGAGGGAAGAGGAGGUGCAGGGCCGCCGGCCGCGCUGGUGUGGGCGAUGGCGUGGCUGCUGGCGUGCGCGGGCGUCGUCGCCGGGGACGACCAGCAGGGCGAGCCGGCGGACACGAACCAGCUGUGCGUGAGCAAGUGCGGGACGUGCCCGACGGUGUGCACGUCGGCGCCGCCGACGAUCCUGCCGAUGACCGCGCCCCCGCCGCCGCCCCUCGCGCUGCUGCCGCUGUCCGCGCCCCCGCCGCCGUACCUGGAGCUGGUGCUGCCGCCGCCGCCGGCGGCGGGAGACGCGUCCGACGUGCUGCCUCCGCUCACGCCGAUGACGUCCCCGCCGGAGUCCCCGUGCUCGACGCCGCCUUCGGAGCCUCCUCCGUCCUCGUCGCCGUCGGAGCCUCCCCCGUCACCGCCGCCUCCACCGCCACCCAAGAGCAGCGGCGGCGGCGACGGUAGCAGCGGGUCGCACUUCUCGUCGCCGCCGUCCCCGCCGUCGUCGUCCAACCCGUACUACUACCUGUACCUCUCCGGCGGCGGCAAGGCCCGCGGCGGCGCGUCGAGCGCUCGCACGGCGCUGGUCCUCGCCGCGCUCCUGCCCCUCGUCGCCUUCUUCAAGUGACCGCAGGCACUCCGUUAUUACUAGCAAUCAUUCUCAGCUGUUCAGGCAGGCAUUGCGCGCGCGCGCUGCUUUUUCUUCCUCGUUUUGGCAUCCGAUUCGAUGAUGAUCUCUGGACUGGACCUUGGCGGUGUCAGAUGCUUGCAUGCAGAUAGUAGUAGUAGCUGUUGAUCGUAUUGACGUUGCUGUACGUACCUUAAUUAAUUUGUAAAGUGAACUCUAAUGAUGGUCCAGUGUGUUUUCUCUUU